AUGAAUCAGUUUGCAAGUAUACGGGUGGGAGUCAUAUGCGUCAGCAACAGGUUGUCAAGUCCGAGAACAUGUUCUCAUGUUUUCUGUUUUCAACGUAAAUUGAAUUCGAAAAAGCGGGAGUUAUGCAGAUGUGCAAAUUUGUUCAUUAAAGUUUCGAAAUAAGCUCGUUAUAUUCAGUGCGACGAGUUAAUGACAAUUUUAUUAACGAUGAGUGUGAUACAAAGGCAUACAUUAAAUAUUUUAUUUCUUGGAAAUAGCAGAUGAUAUCAAAAUAAUAUUGACGCGUAAAUUACUCAUUUAGUUCUAAAAAAAAAUUUUAUUAAAAACUGAGAAGCUAUUUCUUUUUAUAUAUUUUUACGACGAAUUGUGCAAUCUCAAUUACUACAAUUUAAAACUUAUUUUAAGAAUAAGAAUUGUGUAAGCAAUAUUUUCAUUGACCAAGUCUCUUCACAAAUAUAAAUAAAACAAGAUAUAUGUAAUAAAUUUAGAAAUCAUGGAGAGAGCACAUACUACAUACAUAGGAAGUGAAAAUCAUUUUUUAGACUAUUGGGAAGAAUAUCAAAAGAUGAUGGAAGAAACCAAGCUAUUGGAUGAUUAUCUUGAAGAAGAAUGUCCACGUAACUAUGAUGAUGGUGAAGAAGAAGCUGAAUGGUUACGUACAGCUGGUUUAGGACAAUUAACGGAAGCAUGGAAGGCAGGAAGAGAAGUACAACCAGAUGAAUUGGGUGCAGCAUUACGUCCUUUGUCUCGAGCACAAGCUGAAGCAGUAAAACGUCGUGUUAGAUCACUUAAUCAUACAGUGAAACAUCGUUUUAAUCAACGACAACGCGUUCGAAAACCAGAUAUUAGAGAUGUUUUCAAAGAUGUGGAGGCAUCUAGUACCGGGACGAGAUCACGUAGUGCUACACCUGAUUCCUUAGAUUCUGCAACAGAUGCAAUACCGGAAAAUGUUUCGUCAACGCCUCCAUCGUUGACAACGGUUACCAUUAUGGACGGUCACCAUACAAAUAACACUACUGUUCCAAACUUUGUAUCGGUGUUUGAACAAGUACCAAAUGAAUGUAAAGAAACGAUACGUAGAAUGCCAAGUGCACCAUCGACGAUCGACACAGUGGUAGAACAGUCGGUAACUUCAUUGCCUGUUCAAGAGAUUUUUAGACGUGCUGGAAAUUGGUUACGAGGUGAUGUUGCUAACGAUUCAGAAGGAAUUCAAUUAACAAGCUAUCAUAGGUUAGGAACGAUACAUGUUUCAAAACCUAGUAUUCAAAGACGAAGCGGAAGUGAUCCUAGCGAAGUAGCGAAUGUAACAACUUUAGGCGAGGGUAUUGAAAAAUUGAAUACUUCAAAAGAUUCGACUUUGAGAAGAAACUCUGGUAGUCAUGCAACGGUAACACGAAGUCAUAGUAGCUUAUAUGGAUUAACGAGGCCAGCCGAUGAACGUUUAAUAACACAUCCGUUAAAUCGUACAUCUUCUCAUGGUCACUUAAGUUUCGAGGAAAUGUGUAGAGGAAAUGAAAUAAAGUCAAAAGUAUGGAAUUCGGAAGUUAUAGCUCCACCUGAUGAUAUACAGACUCGACUAGGAGUAGAAAUGCUUACGCAACGAGAUUUGACCAAAUUACAACCAUUAUUAUGGCUUGAACUUACCGCGGUGUUUGACAAAUAUAACGUACCAUUAAAAAAACGCAAACCAAAUAAACGUCGAACAAAAGCUGGAAAUCUAUUCGGAGUUUCAUUGUCAACUCUUUUACUUCGAGAUAGUCAAUUAUCGUCCGAGGAGAGUAAUAUUCCACUAAUAUUUCAAAAGCUCUUUAACGAAUUAACGAGACGCGGUGUUAAAGAAGAGGGUAUUCUUCGCGUUGGAGGACAUAAGCAGAAAGUCGAAUCAAUAUGCAUGCAGCUGGAAACGGAUUUUUAUUGCAAACCUAAAGAAAUGGAUAAGUUGUUUAAACAUAUGUCGUGCCACGAUUUGUCAGCAGUUCUGAAAAAAUUGCUGCGCGAUCUACCGCAACCAUUGCUUACUGUAGAACUUAUCGAUGCUUUCUACCAAAGUCACGGAGUGAAAGAUCAUCAAGAAUUGUCAUACGCUUUAAAUUUGCUGGUGUUAUUGCUUCCGAUAGAACAUCGUUGUACUUUGAAAGCGUUGAUUAAAUUCUUGAAACUGAUUGUGGAAAAUCAAGCGUCAAAUAAAAUGUCGAUUCAUAAUGUAGCGAUGAUAGUGGCACCAUCUUUAUUUCCACCACGAUAUAUUUAUUCUCGUGAUCGUACCGAUUUGUGCGCACAAGUUAAUAUGGCUGCCAUAUGCUGCCAAGUGACGGAAGCUCUUCUCGUUAACGCGAAUAAAUUGUGGUAUGUACCAAACGAUCUCUUGAAUCAAUUACGCAGACAUUCCGAAGAAGAAAGAUAUCGAAAGUAUAAAAAAAAAUUUUAUUAACAUUGACAUUCGUGAUACCAAGAAAUUUAUACAUGAUUGAUACGGUUUGCGCGAACACGUUCUCAUUUCUAUACAUAUAAAUAUUUAAUGAUAUUCAGUAAAAUUUCGAAAAAAAAAAAAAGAAAAAAAAAAAGAAAAAAGAAGUUAAUUUAAAAGGAGUUAAUAUAAUUUUGAGGUUAGCGUAAUAAGUUAGUUGAUAAACAGUUAUGAGAGGAUAUUAUUAUCUUUCGUCAAUUAAAUUAUAAUCGUACGACAUAGUUUCGAUAUGCAAAUUUCGUGAUGAUAUAAAAUUAGUUGGUUACUUGUUAAUUAAUGAUGUGAUCAAUUUUAUUAAUACUACGCAUCUUGGGAUACAACGAGAAGAGAUUUUGUGGAUCUUUGGAUGUUGAUGAAAAUAAGUUUAACAUUCAUAAGAUAGGUUAUUCGAAAAUAAAAUAUUGAUCGUUAAAAGAAAGCUUCGUUUUCAAUUAACUAAUCCAUUUUCCGUGAUUGAAUUUGAACGUGCGCGCAUAAUAUAAAGUUUUCAAUAUAAUAAUAAUUCGAUACCAUCGAACAUUGGUGCUAGAUGCAAAUAUGAAAACAUAGAUAAUUUAAAAAAUUCGCAGAUUAUUAUGCAGUAGCACAACUCACCUUUCAAAUAUCUAUUGUGUGAAUAUUCUAAUUUAUUAUUAACGAUUAAGCGAAUGUGUGUGAAGCCUUUACGAUUUAUAGCAUAUAGCUAUAUUUGUAUUACUUUUUUAUCUAUAAAUGUAUAUCGAUAAUUUAUAUAGCUCAUUUAAUUUUGCUCUAAAUCAAACAAAAUGAAG